AUGGUUCUACCGUCGAUCGCAUUGCUCAAAACCCCCUCGCCCGCGCCGUUGAGUGAUCCUUCAUCGGGAAGGGACUGCGAAUCAGAGGGUUCUAGUCUAGAGCUUCGGCUUCUAGCCUUGAACAACGCUCUAGGUCCCCUCGAGCUGUGGUCCACAAUCUUAUCCCAAGCAGUAAGGCAUGUUCACAAAACCAUGAGCACUGGCAAGGAUAAGAUCUCUGUUAGGAGGGACCGUAAUCAUGUUACUCGAAAUCAUCACCUUCACUCCCUUAUCUAUAUGCCAAUUGUCUCGAUCAAUCGCUUUCCUGGCUACAAGCUUUUAUCCUGGCUUGCCCACCAAAAUGCCGAAACCGAUGAGAUUGAGUCGUCGGGCCGCUACGAGAUCGUUCACAGUCGAAAGCGAAAAGGCGUGACUGUUGUCUGCCAAGGUUGGAUCUUCAAAUAUAUUGCUUCGAUCGGGGGCUAUCACGUGAAUUUACGGGCUGAGGCUCUCUUUUGUCCUUUGGAGUCGGUCUAG